GCUAUACAAUGAAUGACAUUACAGAGGACGAGGAGGGUUUAAGAUGAAGCUUUAUGCACAAUUAUAUUCUCCACCAAUGGAAAUACAUGUGCGUUACCUUAGGAAUGAAUAGUAAUGUAUUACUUUUUUGGGGGGGGGACGCACGCACACACACACCGGUUGCCACCCAGCAGUGGCGGUGAAGGGCAGUGCAGGUUCGGCUGUGAGACUGCAGCACGGUGCGCAAUGACCGGCUGUCUCCACUGGGGGAGGACCGAGCACUGCCUGCAUGCGCUGCGGUACAGGAACGACUUUCUCACCGAGCCUCUCCAUCAUCAUCUCUCUCUCCCUCUCUCCCUCUCUAACACACACACACACACACACACAUAUAAUAGGGGGAGAUACAGGAGUAUAGGUAGGGUUACAGCGGCAGACAGACAGAUGUGUGAUGCUCAGACUUAACCAUGGGGCCAUUUCCCCUCCGCUGUGAGAAGGUAAACUUUUACCCACCCUCGGUGCUUUUGGCCGUGCGGAGCUGUCAUUGACGCCAACUCGCUGCUUGCACACCUGCCUUCUCCCCCCCACCACCACCACCACCUCCCUUAAAUUAUUAUUGUUGCCAGCGUAUCAAGAGCGAUGCAGCAGAAACCGGGGCUGAAGUGGCAUUAGAUCCUGUUGAACUGAGACAAGACGUCGAGACGCAGCCAAAAAAAAAAAAAAAAAAAAGUGUCCUCCUCAGUGCGUCAGAGCCACGGAUGUAUACAGUGGACGUGGAUAUGGUCGUUGUUUGGAUACGACGAGGGAUUUGUCAUGUUACCUCCCCAAAAAAAAUCAAGACGGGAAUCUGAGCACAAGAGAAGAACUGCAUCCUCACCUAGCCUUCCUCCUCCUCCUCCACCUCCUCCUCCUCCUCCAACAGAUUUGUAUGGGGUGCUGAGACGAUUUCGUUUGGCCCCUUUUCAGAUAGAGCGUCAGAGGAACAAAGUCAUUCAGAUUCACUGGAGCUCCGUAGGAUUACAGCGAGGAUCAUUUUCUUAUCUUUCUUGUUUUUUAUUGCCAUUUUUAUUUUUAUUUUAUUUUUUAAAUAAUAAAAAAUCUCUUCACAUAAAAUGGCAACCACGAGUGGCCGCGGAGGAUUAAAAACGCAAUUGGGUGCGAGCCCCGAUCCGUGAGAAAUUAACCACCUGAUGGGCACCGGAGAAACCGAGGACAGACUGUUUUGGUGUAGCUUGUUGACUUAGUGAUUGAUAAUGCUGGGCAAAUAAAGGGGCGCUGCAAGUUUGACAGAGCGUCUGCGUAACAGGCUAUGCCACCGGCCCUCACGUUUUUUUUUUUUUGGUUAUGGUAAUGAUGUCAUAAAAUACCGGAGGGGGGCUGUGCCUAAACGGGGAGAAAGGCUAAUCAGUGUCCCUUAUUUUUUUAUCAUGUAAGUUGCUACACGGACUGCGCCCCGCAUGGACCUAAUUGAGGUGUGUUUGUUAUUCUGACUUUCUCAUAUUCAAGCACUGAUUGGUCGAAGCGGUCGAUGCCUCAUUUCUCUCUCUCUGCGCGCUCAGAGCUGCAACUUUUAUUCCUCCGGUCUGCGUCCACGUCGCCCUGAGGCGGUCACUGUAGCGUUCACGGACCGAGCCGACUUAAAAUGGAGUUUGCCAUGGUGGGCGCGGACGGCGGGUGCAACAGUCACCUGCCUUACGGUUAUGCCCAGGCUCGCGCACGGGAGAGGGAGCGCGAGAGGGAGCGCCAGGCUGCCCAGUCGAGAGCGGCGGCAGCGGCCGAAGGUGGGUCCGGUGCGGAGGGAGGAGGAGGUGGUGGUGGUGGUGGCGGCGGUGGCGGUGGCGGCAGCGGCAGCGGCGGCGGUGGCGGUGGUGGAGGCGUGGGGGGGUCCACCUCCAGCACCUCCUCGAGCGCUCAUCUCCUUAACAACCGUCAGCAUCAGUCUCGCGCCGCCUCCUCCGCGAACGCCAACAUCAGCAGCGGCGGUACCGCCUCGCGCCCCUCCUCCUCCUCCACCUCCUCCUUCUCCUCCUCCUCCUCCUCCUCCUCCUCGCAGCCGCCACAGCACCAGCAGGAGCCCGAGCAGCAGCAGAGAGUUCCCAGAGAGCGGAAAAAGCAGCGCGGCGUCGGACGCUGGAGACGCAACCGGACGACUCUCGGCGGGGACUUGCGCCACUCGGAGCUGGCGCUGCUCGGAUCCGAGGAGGACAUCAUGAUAGAGGAGGAAGAGGCCGAGGGAGCCGAGGAAGAGGAGGAGGAGGAGGGGGAGGAGGUGGGGGGCGGCCGGGGAAGCAAAAGGUCGAGUUUUCUGUGCAACAUGGAUGAUGAAGAGACCGUGUCGAUCACUGACAGGCGUCCUCAGUCCGGCUACGAAAAUGUUUACAGCGAGUUCGGCUGCUGCGAGAGAGUUGUCAUCAACGUGUCGGGUCUGAAGUUUGAAACUCAGCUCAAGACUCUCACUCAGUUCCCGGACACUCUCCUGGGAGACCCCGACAAGAGAAUCAGGUACUUCGACCCGCUGAGGAACGAAUACUUCUUCGACCGGAACCGACCGAGCUUUGACGCCAUUCUUUACUAUUACCAGUCAGGGGGUCGGUUAAAAAGACCCGUCAACGUCCCGUUUGACAUCUUCUCCGAGGAGGUGAAGUUUUACGAACUCGGGGAGGAGGCAAUACUCAAGUUUCGAGAGGAUGAGGGGUUUGUUAAAGAGGAGGAGAAACCUCUGCCAGAGGACGAGUUCAAGCGCCAAAUUUGGCUACUUUUUGAGUAUCCUGAGAGCUCGAGUCCUGCCAGGGGGAUAGCGGUCGUGUCCGUCCUGGUGAUAGUCAUUUCUAUUGUCAUUUUCUGCCUGGAGACGCUGCCGGAGUUCAGGGAUGAAAAAGAGUAUCUACAGCCACGACACAACUCCUCUCAGCCCGACCACGGAUUUACUCCUUUCAACGACCCGUUUUUCAUCGUGGAGACGGUCUGCAUCAUCUGGUUCUCCUUUGAGAUUAUAGUUCGCUUCUUCGCGAGUCCGAGCAAGCCCGCUUUCUUUAAAAACAUUAUGAACUCAAUUGACAUUGUAUCCAUUUUGCCUUAUUUCAUAACUCUCGGCACGGACCUGGCGCAGCACCAGGGCAACGGGCAGCAGGCGAUGAGCUUUGCCAUCCUGAGAAUAAUCCGCCUCGUCAGGGUGUUCCGCAUCUUCAAACUGUCCAGGCACUCCAAGGGGCUGCAGAUCCUGGGCCAUACGCUGCGCGCCAGCAUGAGGGAGCUGGCCCUCCUCAUUUUCUUCCUGGUCAUAGGUGUCAUCCUGUUCUCCAGCGCCGUGUACUUCGCCGAAGCGGACGAGCCCACCUCUCAGUUCACGAGCAUCCCCGACGCUUUCUGGUGGGCCGUGGUGACCAUGACCACGGUGGGCUACGGCGACAUGAAGCCCAUCACGGUCGGUGGGAAGAUAGUGGGCUCCCUCUGCGCAAUCGCGGGAGUGUUAACCAUCGCGCUCCCUGUGCCUGUCAUAGUGUCCAACUUCAACUACUUUUACCACAGGGAGACCGACAACGAGGACCAGCAGCCCGUGGUGGAGAGCAUGCCCCCGGGGUGCCCGUACUUCCCGGACUUUCUAAGGAAAUUCAAAGGCUCGCCCUCCGGUUCCUCGCUCGGAGACAAAGCGGAGUAUAUGGAGAUGGAGGAGGGGGUGACGGAGUCGCUGUGCGGGCUGGACAAGAGCCCCAGUAAAGGGAACGGCACAGAUAUAAGCAGGAAAAACAGUACUAACUCAAAAUCCAUUCAGACUGACGUGUGAUUACAAGUAAAGUUCCCUUUUUUUUCUAAAGAAGAACACCGCCCUAUAAAGAUACUUUCUGCCCAACAGCUGGCGACCCCCCCCCCCCCCAACACACAAGUUUUACGCACGCCUCAGAGCCCCCACACAGACGCACAAACACACUCAUAGGUCACGAAUUGGCUGGUUAAGACGCUGCAUUAUAAUCUCAAAUCCCCUAAUUCCCCUCCAAGCAUUUACUAGUGACUAAUAUUUGCCUAAUGGGUUGAACGAUUAAUUAAUUAAGUCAUCUGACCCGUGCGGGCGUCCAAAUCUGUCAUCAAAGCGAAAUUUGAGAAAAGACAGGCUAUGCAUUCGCACUUUAUGAGUUUUAUCCGUCAAUAACAGGAUGCUAGGGAUGAUCGUUUUGCUGUUAUGCAAUAAAGUUUAAAAUUUGUUUGCACUAAUGUAGAAUUUUCGCUGGUUUUAUCAGAUUUAUAGAGACAUAAACUGUAGGCCAUGCAAAUGCCAUUAAUUCAGGCAUCCUCUCUGACCACUUAGCCGAAGAAUGUUUUCUUCCUCAAACAGAGCAAAGUAAGGAUAUUAAUAACCCCUUUCACGAGAUGCCAGAAAUAAAUUGGACCCCAGUAAUUUAAAAAGCCUGAUACAUAUAAAUGACUUUUGCUAGUGUUCAAACACUUCUCAUUAACGGAGAGCUGCGACAGCAUUGAACAGGCAUCAAUUAAACCAGGGCUACAAUUAUUUUUUGUGACAUCUUCACAAAUUUGCUUUUCCACAACAGGAAAAAAAUAAAUAAAUAAACAACAACAACAACAAAAAAUAACUUGUGUCCCCACCAUGAGAGCUAAGCACAGGAUUCGUUUAACAUGGCUGGAGAAAUGACUCGCCCCAGGUUUUGUAUGGACACUCUUGGAGUCCUGGCGACAACCGUUUUCCCAGUUUCGUUUAAACCACCUCAAAAAUGACAAUAUCCCUUUACACAGACGCAGAUGGAAAGUUAUUGCAAAAACGACUCUGUCGUGGAAACUCCUCGGAGGGGAGUUUGCAAAGCAAAUUUCUCUCCUGCCCGCUGGACUUAGUGCACAAUUUUUUUUCUUUUUUUUCACAAGAGGACUAUGAUUAUCUCGGAGCUCAAAGAACCGUCGGGAUGUGGAUGUCUUCCAAGCGCUGCCAGUUUACAGGGAGAGGGAGUAUCCCACCUCCAAGUCUCUGGAAAUUGCAGAAAACAAGCAAAACAUUGCGGCCGGCCAUCUUGAGCACGAGCGGACACUGAAAAAAGCAACAACUGGAUGGGACUCGGCAGUGGCACGAGCGGGGAGGAAAAGCUGCAGCACGGUGUCAGUAAACAAACCCCUGAGGGUUUAGCUGGCUAAUGAGUGAGUCGUGGCCCAAAAUGAUUGCCUUAAUUAUCACACAUAAACAGAUGUAUGAAGCGACGAUACAGAUACAGAGACUUAUAGAAGAUAAGAGACGUUUUAUUUAAGUGUGAAAAAAAAAAGUGUCUUGUAAGGAACAGAUGUGAAUAUUUUAAUAUGAUAGAGAUAAUGUUUGGUUGUAACGUCGACAUAAUGUUUUAGUUGGGUCGGCUUCGUAGGUGUCAUUGGUUACUAAAUGGUGAGUUUGCUCUCUGCUUAUGUGCAGCCAGCAGUACGACUUAAUCUAUUUUUAUCUUGUUUCAUAUUGUCAACCAAACAAGGCUGGCCCGAGUUGCUCACUCAAACGCUGGCAACAAAAACCUUGAUUCACAUUGUGUCAUAACACAUGAAAAUCCUCAUUCAGAAAGUGUAUAGUGGGCUGGGAGAGGAACACGAGACAAAUAUUGACUGGCUCAAUGCAACACGCUGAAAUACAUCGGAAGAAUAUCUCCUCGCAUUAACAUCCACUUACACUAAAGCAAAGAUGUCAGGCACAUAAACACCCAUCUUAAAUAUCUGCCACACUCACUUUCUAUCACAGAGAAACCGCGGAUGAAACUCGCCGGGCUUCACCACCCGAGAUUCAUCAACGUAAAGAUGAAAUACCUUAGGUUUUUUUUCCUCAGAUGCAAAUUUAGAGCUGACCAGCUGCUUUGUUGAUAUGUUUUCACUUUGAAUUUAACUGUAUGCAAAAGUAACAUGGACGUGUGUUCUAUAUUUUUUUAAACCUAGCCUUGAUAAUUACAUAACCAAAGGUGAAACCCUGAAUUUAUUGUAUGUUGUGGACUUCUGGAAAAUGUUGUGAUAUAGAUGCACACUGAAUAGGAAAAAAAAUGUAAAUAUCAGACGUUUAUACUUGUGUGUCCUAAGACGUGUUGCAGAUAGAGUAUUUUGAGACUUUUCACUUUCUUUGACUGUUAUGACCAUCAACCAUAAUAAUCUGUGUUUGGUUUGUCUUCGCUGAUACAAUCAUGUUCUUCAUAUUGUUGCGAUUGCUGCUUCAACAUUGUUCACGGUCAUGUUUUCGGUAUUUUCUUCUUUCGCCCCUUCCCUUGACAUCCACUCAUUGGAAAUCUACCCACUCGUUUAUUUGGCAAACUGAAACACGAGGUUGCUGAUGUCUUUUGUGUGGCUUUGUCAGAGCAGCAUUGGAUUUCGUUACCUCUCUAAGACCUGCAAUGUUGCCUGUCGAUGAAAUCAUUAGAAAUGUCCAGACAAAGCCAGUAGUAGUACGUGAUAUCACAUAUUUUUAUGAAGACAGUGUUUUAUUUUCCUAUAUUCACAUUUAUCCAAAAAGCGUUUAAAAAAAAAAAAAGGCAACUGGACUUGUAGUUAGACAAGAUGUUUCGCCACUAAAGAAAAUCCAAAGUUCACAUCCUUGAUCUUUUACCUCAUUAAUAGUAUCCCUCAGAAGAAAAAAAAAAACGUUUACUGAAUGUUUCCUUAGUGUCAAAGAACUUGUAACCACAAAAUAGCCAGAAUAGUUUUAAAAUAGGUGUCAAUAGUUUACUUGGGAAACCCUUAUGGUGUAGAUGUUUUAUUGGGAAGGAGCAGAUACAAAUCAAGUUUGUCAUUUCAACACAACUGCAGUUUACCAAGAGUACUCUACCAGAGUUUAAGGGUGCUUUCACACCUCGUUGUCCCUAAGCCGGGAGUGUUUCCCCACCCCAGGUCUCUUCGUUUGCGCUGGUGCGAACGCGGCAAUCGCGCUCUUUCCUGGAACAAAUCAACCGAGCCGAGACCGGUUGGAGAGGGUGGUCUCAGCCUGCUUGCAUGGAGCGAUUCGUUCGCAGGGAGAACACGCGUUACCCACAGCCCGACACAAGUACUAUUUAUAAGCUUGUAAUUACAUAACCGAGCGGUUUACUUGAUGCGUCUUUGGAACAGAAGCUGUCGGGUGAAAAGGUCGUUCAAAGCCUCCAGAGCUCGCCUUCUCAUCCCAAGGUGUCUGGCAGCAGCAGUGUGUCUUCUCAGCGUAUAGAUGCUCGAUCAAGCUGAACGCGUUCACGUAAAGGCGCAUGAACCACAUAAGAACAACAAAUGCCAGUUCAAACACUAACUGCUGAUGCUCUGUUUUGACAUAAUUUUUGCUGAAAAAUUUACUGAAAUAACCCAAUCCUAACCCAAUGUUUCAUGUAAAAUUAUGAAUAAUCACAAAACUGUUUGCAGGGCAUUAGAACAUUAAAACCAACAAUAUCCAUUUUACUCUCUGAGCUGGAACAAAAUAUAAGUGAGUAAGCACCCUUAAUAAAAGACAUGGGAACAAAAUAUGACAGUAUUUUAAGAUGAUCAAUUCACUAACAGAACUUCUGUGACAUAGUCAUAGUCAUACUUAAUGUGUACGGAUCAAACAAAAUAGAUACAACGCCAUUAAAUGGCUUUAGAGGAGCUCGUAGGCAGAUUUGCCACCUUUGAACAAAGCCGGGACUAGCUGUGCCCAUAUUUUAACAGUACAAACUUUGGAGUGUUAGAGACUCCAGAAUAGGCUGAAAUAAUUUUAUUUUACUGAUCUUGUCAGAUUACAUGCCUCAAGCACAAGCUGUUCCAGACCCACAAGAGCCUGAUCAGCAACGGCCUCAUAGCUCCGGCCCAGGGACCGUCGGAAGGGCCCCUCCCGAGGAUUUUAAGCCGAACAUUAGUUGGCAGGACGUUCAGAGAUCACACCAACAAGCAAUGGUAGCCAGAAGCCGCCGUAUACUGAUAUAUUAGGACAAGGGACAAAUGAAUCAGCCACAGCUUGGUAUUACCACAAAAGACACAAAGCCAAAGAGUAAUGUGCCCACAGGUUCGUAAGAAAGAAAAUGAUCAGGAUCAGCCUGGGAAUCGAUCCUCGAGGCGACCGCAUCCAAUCAAGCAGAACAAACAAACAGCAACGGAGGCUGAAGGGAAUCCAGCCCAUUUCCUCAAUCUGUGAAUUAAAAAUAAUUUAAUUGCUUUGAGCCCGCAAUUAUGUCAAGCUGCACUGAAACAGUGUCCUAAAUCAAAUCUGCUUUAAUCAGGAGAUCAGUAGUAGCCCAGAGUAGGGCGGUGGACUGCCACGCAUGGAGACUUAAGGAUUUUGAAGCACAUCGGCUCGAAAAAAGAAAAACGAUUUGUUCUCACGCGUUAGCCGAACCCAUGGACUAAACAGAAGGAUCACAAUCCAGACUUUCCCACGUGAUAUUUAUCUCUUUUUAUGAGUAGAACAUCUUAAAACUACAACAGCAUUAUCUUUGACUUACUACGUCUAGAUAUUCCUGUGGAUGUUAAAAAAAUACCAGCGGUAAUAACUUUAAUGAUAACACUUUAGUGAUAAAAGCUGCUAGGGAGGUUAACAGUUAGUCUGUGCGGGGAUAUUAGAUAACACUCAGAACAAGGUGAGAGGAGGACAUUUUAAUUAUGAUCCCCUCUGAGCUGGAAAACUCACUGGAGCUCCGUUUAUAAUGUUUCUGAACACCACAGAGUCGCUGUCACAGCUGCUGACCAGAAGAGGAAAAUGAUGAGACUCAGACAACAAAGCUUAGCUCAUUUGUAUUUAUGACUUAAAAAAAAAAAAAAAAACAUCCCUUCCAAUUUAAAAGAACUGAACUCAGUUUUACAUUAAGGAAGACAAUUUAGGUGCCCACUUUGCAGGAGAGUGCUUUUUUGUUGAAGCUCACAUAUUACUGAGGACUAAACACCUCUGAGACUCCUCCAGGCAUCUACGUCUCCACAGAGCAACUCAGCAAGAUUAACUUAAGAUGAACGCCUCCUUUAAUCAAUAACAAAGGAUUUCUUCUUAAACAAAACCCCAAGCGCAGACACGUUUAGCGCCAUGCAAAACAAUGGCCGAAUUAGUGAUGUGCCAGAUGUGAAACGGCUUUUAAGUGCCAGCUUUUAUCGACACAAAACAAGCAAAAUUAUAUCUUCAAGUUCAUGUUAUUGUUAUAAAUGCAGCCUAGUUGUUUUUUUUCUUUCCAUGUAUAAAGAAGUUCAGCUUUAAGAUGUUCUUCUGUCCUAUGUUCUUUAUUUUUAAACCCAAAAUAAGGUUAGAAUAUUGGAAAAGUUCCUCUACAAAUGUUUUGGAUGGCAAUUAAAUGUUAAAAUGUCCACUUAUAGAAACAGUAGUGCACUGAAACAAUGCCAUAAACAUGGCAUAAAUUACAAUUAGGAUUAGAAAAGGUAGUAAACACUUGUUUUAUAGCGAUUUCUUAUCAUUUCUUAUGUUGCAGAGUAGAGCCUAACGGCCCUUGUCAAUCCCUAUCCAAUUUUCUAUGAAGACAGGAGCCUCUGAUCCACCUGCUCAUAAUAAAAGAGGCCAAACUGUUGAGAAAUAGGCCGUUCUGUCCAUAAUAUCUAAAUUAAUUCAUGUAAAUUCACUAAAUUCAUUCAUGAAUUAAAUUAGGGUUACAUUUAAAUCUCAUUUUUUUACAUGUUUUUGUCUCCGAGAGCUGAGAAACUUUAAAAAUAUGGAAAAUAAAUAAAUAAAAAAAGAUACCCGGACUGAGCUUGGUAUCCUCACUUUGCACCCAGGAAGUUCAGUUACUGUACACAAAAUAAAAAGUAAAUGUAUUAGUCUGAGGAUGAAAGCUUGAGUGUUUACUGUAACAUCCACAGCGUUAGAUAACACCAGAAACCCGUUUUAUGUCUUAAUCUCCUUACAAACAAGGUGGCAUGUGGGGAGCGCUGCAAAACUGUUGAACAGUGGCGCAGUCUGCAUUUGUCGCGAGGUGCUCGUGCUGGAUGUUACGUGACUGACUGGAUUUCAGGUUGUUUUUCCACCAUCUGCCUACUGCAGAACAGUAUUAGCGCGCUUCGCUGCAAAUACGACGAUUGCAGUGUUUGCUUAUUCCACCUCUGUCUUCAGAAAACCGUCUCAUAUGGGAGACGCAGUAAAAAAUGCUCUGCAGAAUUUAUGCGUGUUUGUUUAAAGGCCUUAGAUAGAUAGAUACUGCUAAUAUCAGCACAUCGCUCUGAUUACUGGACCACAUACUACUUAAAGCUGUCAUUUAGGAAAUAAUCAGACACACAGAUUAUGGUAUCGGGUAAUGAUAAUAGCUGUCAUUAGCGUGCGUAUUACCCGCAGUUUAUCUUACAACACCUUAUAUUUUCUGGAUUGUAGCGUAUUAGAGCUAAUGUAUGAUCCUGUUCAGACCUGGUGGUAACGUACAUCCAGAUAUGAUCCGAGUUGUGCGCUUUGCAUUCAAAUAAACAUCAUUUGUGUCUCGCAAACUCCACAAGCUCCACAGUAUUUGUUGUGUGUGCCCUGACACAAUACAAAUUUUGGAACGUGAUGAGCUGCUAAGUCUCUUUCGCCCACGGAAAGCACACAACUUAUUAAUUACUCAUCUAUGCACACAGUGACAUUAGUUAAAAACCCACACAAAGCUCGAACCCAGAGCACACCAGUUGCGUAGACGAUCAAUCAAUGUGGCCGAGACACACUGAGUGUUCAACAGUGUUACAGAAAUGUGGUCACAAGUGGCUCAGACCACCUCCAAAUGUGGUCUGAGUGAUUGAAUCUCAAAUGCGCCACGAAUGCGUCUUGGGUGCGUUCACACCUGUACCAAUACAGGUGUGAACACCAGGUCUGAACAGGACCUUGAGUCGUGAAGUGUGAAAUGUUAAUUCCCCACUUAUGUAAUGAUGAUCACAUGAGUUGACAUCAGGUAGGGAAAAAUUUAAAUACAAAGGCAGUUACAAAUAAACGUCUAAAUAUAUGUGCGUCCUCAUACCUGAAAAGUCAGCUUCCAUAGCAAAAUAAAAAACAAAAAACGUUCCGCCUGUUCCAGACCUGCUUUUAAUGUCCUCUCUCUUGGUUUCUCAAACUAACACGUGAAUACAGGACAAAUCCCACCGACCCUCAUUCAUCAAACUAACUGAACCUUCAUAGUGUAUAUGUGCUUUACAUUCAGUAAAGAGUUAAAACGCUCGAAAGUAAUAACUGGCCAAAUGUUAUUUGCUUCAAACCUAUCCGAUGUUAGGAUGCAAUCUUCCUGGGCCGGACACCAAUGAUCAAAAAUAGUAACCGAAUGGCCGAACAGAAAUUUGGGGGAUCUUAUUUCAUCUAACAUAAAACUAAAGGCUCGGUGAACUGCCGCGCAAUUAAAAACACACGAAACCACAAGCACAGAAAACACAUUGACAAACCCGACGACAUCAACGGAAUAAAAAUGUGCCGCAAAUACACACAAAACGCACCCAGAACCCCGCACGUUUCCAUUAUCCGGUCGCGUUUUCCAUAAUUGCAGCACAUUCUGUAAUGUUGCAUAUGUGCCCAGAAAGUGGUGAGGAGGUCCGCUUCAUUUAAUUGUGUUUCUGUUAAUUACAGUGCGCCAAGCUCUCAGGGAUGCCGUAAUUCUCACAUCAAACGUAUGAUUUAACAGCCUGCUGACGGUCAUAAAGACGACGAGAGCACAGAGCAUAAACAGAUGAUUAGUGAGGGUAUUUUAGCCUGUAUAGACCAAUUACUACGAUGACACUUAGUGACGGGGAGCAGACAUUUUGUCUUGAGCAGACUGCGUGUGGGGCUCGGCACGUUUCCCCCCUCGACAAGCCUCCAAACUUGUACAAAUUUUGACUCACACGCAGCGGGUAAUUGGCCACUUUGAUACACAAGAUUUCUCAUUCAUCAAUUUGCAUUUCGAUUAAAAAAAAAAAAAAAAAAUGGCAGGAGGAGGGCAACAGUGUGUAAAUCGAAGAAAGAAGUACACACAGACAUAUGAGAAUAUUUUCAGACGUGUAUUUAAAAGGACGAAGAUGAUUAUCAGGGGUCUAUGCAAGCUGGUGCAGUUCGGUCAGCCGAGACCAUUUACAUUGUGGUCAUAGUCCAGCAUAUCUACAUUAGUCAUUAAGAUUCUCACAAUCAUCUCACAGGCAGAGACGUGAACUGCUGUAUUGCUGCAGUGUGAGGAGUCUUCAAUGAUAGCAGUUCUAUGUAUGUUUUUUUUGUUUUGUUUUGUUUUGUUUUGGACGAUGACAGUAGCGGUGGGAGCGUUUGUUUCAAUGUUACUGCUUCACGUACAGUAUGUGUACCCUCAAUAUUCAGACAUCGCAACCGCCUUGUCGCUCGUAACGGAAAAAGGAGGGAAAUCAUUGUCGAUGAGCAAAGGAAAACUGUCGGUAACUAUUAACGAACAUGUAAAAUAUUUCUACAGUUCAGGUGUCGAGAAAUAUCCAUGUGAGUUUUGGCCAGCCUUGCUUUUACUCUGCAUGACGCUUUGUUUUGAGAAAUAUGCAUCCUAAACCCAAGGUAUGUUUGUAUUCUUUUUCCCGAGGGUGCUCCUCUCCUUCUCCUUCACUCUCUCUCUCUGUAUCUUUGGAGUUUGUCACUUCUGACCUUCCCCUGUUUUGUUUUCUUUUUUCAGUUUUCUUUUAUUUGACUUUACUUUUGGUAAACCUUCCAACUUCUGGAUUUUCUACAUUCAUAACAUUUUGUAGACAGCAAUAUGAGAUGUGAUUGAAAAUGGAAUAUGUGCAAUGUUGACUAAAGAAAAAUAUAAUAUAUUAAAUAAAAAUUCAGAAAACAGAAGGGUA